CGACUUCCGCCGCCGGCUUCCUAUAAAAUCGGCGCGCCUCUCGUCUCCUCCGCCCCACUCCAUCGUCAUCGUCAGCUGCCUACCUACCUACCUCCCUCCCUCCAGCCGAGGAAUCAUCAAAAAACAAAUGCCACUGUGAUUGUGCUUGUGCGCGAGCCAAGGAGAAAGGGGGGGAGGGGAUCGACGACGAUGCGGAUGCGGGCGCGGGACCUGCACCCGCUCUGCUGCCUCCCCGUGGACUGCCCCGGCGGGUGGUGCGCCGACCGCUCCCCGUCCUCGCCCCCGCCCGCGCCGGCGCCGGCCGCCGUGGCCGGGCUGCUCCACAAGUGGACCAACAUCGGCAAGGGCUGGCGCCCGCGCUGGUUCGCCAUCCUCCGCGGCGGCCUCCUCGCCUACUCCAAGAUCCGUCCCCGCGCCGCCGGCUCCCCGACCCCUUCGGCGCCCGCGCCGGAGGACGGCCGCCCCAGGCUGAUCGGCCCCGCCGGGUACGCCGCCGCCGCCCCCGAGGACCGCCCCAUUGGGCUCGUGCACCUCAAGAUAUCAUCAUUCCGUGAAAGUAAAUCAGACGAUAAGCGGUUCUAUAUAAUUACUCCAACCAAGACGCUUCAGCUGAGAACCAACUCAGUUAAGGAUCGUGUGGCUUGGAUUGAAGCCCUUGUUUCUGCGAGAAGUGAAUCUUCUCCCAAUGGAGUCUUACUGUAUGACCAGAAUGAUGCAUCCUUUUCUACAGACAGGCUUAGAAAUCGUAUGCAUGCUGAAGGUCUUGGUGAAGAGGUUAUUAAAGACUGUGAGCAGAUUGUCCAUUCAGAAUUCUUGCAGUAUUAUACACAGAUGAAACAACGUUGUGAAGAGUAUUUGAGCUUUCUUGGCAGUCUUCCACAACAGCUUGAGGUACUUAAUGAACAAGAUACUACACACUCUAUCAGACCUGAAUGUUCCUGCUCUGGACAUGGAAAAUGUUGUGAGAGCAGCAACACGGAAUCAUCCGAUGAUGCUGGGAUUCAGGAGUUAGAUGAAUCGUCAGAUGAAGAUGACUAUAACUUCUGUGAUACAAGACAAAGUUUCAGUGAUUCUGCUGCGAGUCCUGACAUGAGGAUGAAGCAUUCAAAUUCGAGCAACGAUGUCCAGCAAUACAAUCAUAAUUUUGUAGAAUCAAGAUCUGGCAAGGGAGAGAAUGAAUGUUUAUUGCUGCCACCAAAACGCCGCACAAAGUUGCCCGAACCAGUUGAAAAGGAGAAGGGCGUUAGUCUUUGGUCAAUGAUCAAGGACAAUGUUGGAAAAGAUCUGACGCGGGUCUGCCUGCCUGUUUACUUUAAUGAACCGAUUUCAUCUCUUCAAAAAUGCUUUGAAGACUUGGAAUAUUCUCAUUUGUUGGACCAUGCAUAUGAUUAUGGCCUAAAGGGCAACAGUGUGAUGAGAACUCUAUGUGUUGCUGCAUUCGCUGUCUCUGGGUAUGCUUCCUCUGAUGGCCGGCCCUGCAAACCUUUUAAUCCUUUGCUAGGGGAAACUUAUGAAGCUGAUUUUCCUGAAAAUGGAAUCCGUUUCUUCUCAGAAAAGGUUAGUCAUCAUCCAAUGGUCAUGGCCUGUCAUUGUGAAGGAAGAGGAUGGAAAUUUUGGGGAGAGAGCAAUGUAAAGAGCAAAUUCUGGGGACAAACAAUUCAGCUUGAUCCUGUUGGUGUUUUAACAUUAGAAUUCGAUGAUGGAGAAAUUUUCAAAUGGAGCAAGGUUACAACAACCAUUAAUAACCUUAUCAUCGGUAGACUUUAUUGCCAUCAUCAUGGGACGAUGAAAAUAAGUGGGAACAGACAACAUUCAUGCAAGCUUACCUUUAAACAGCAGUCGUUUCUUGAACGUAACCCUCGACAGGUUCAAGGAGUUGUUGAGGAUAUUGGCGGUACCAAGGUUGCUACCCUAAGGGGAAAGUGGGACGAGAGCUUGUACUGCAAUGUUACUAAUGACGGAGUAAAUUCCAGUGCUGAAUCCACUCUGCUGUGGGAGAAACAUGAGCCUCCAACUAAUCCCACACGAUACAAUUUGUCAUCAUUUGCUAUAACCCUAAACGAGCUGACUCCAAAUCUCAAGGAGAAACUUCCUCCAACAGAUUCAAGGCUCAGACCGGAUCAGCGACACCUAGAGAAUGGGGAGUACGAUAAAGCCAACUCUGAGAAGCUACGGUUGGAGACAAGGCAACGGAUGGCACGGAAAAUGCAGGAUAAUGGAUGGAAACCGAGAUGGUUCGACAGGGACACCGAAGACGGAGCGUUCCACUACACCGGCGGUUACUGGGAGGCGAGAGAGCAGAGGAAAUGGGAUGGCUGCCGCGAUAUAUUCGGUGAAUUGCCCGACAAGAAAACUUAUCCGGUUCCCGCUAGUGUGGGUAUAUAGCUCAAUUAUGUAGCAGCUAUUCCAUUUCCACCAAAUAGGUGUUAGCGUGAAAAGUAUUACUGAAAAUAUAUACUACAACUACUAGCUGGCUUUCCCAAUCGUCAUUGUGGAGAGAUGAGCUCAUUCAUCUCCCCUGUAUGUAAACAAAUACUAUGACAUACGACUAUGGACAUUAUAAACUGUGUCUGUGUCCACAGGCUUGCAAGAUGUAGUAGGUGCUAUAGCUUGUGGUUGUUAAACCUAGAUUGUCAAUAAUAAUAUUCUUCUUUAGCUGUAUA